GCUGUGGUUCUGUUGCCGAUCUUCAUGUGUCAUCAGACAACAAGGCAGAUCUGGUCUGAUCCACAGCAGACUGGUUCUGAAGGCGCGCCGUCGAGGUUGUGGAGCUCCUGGGGUUCGUGGGGCGAGUGUUCGCGCUCCUGCGGCGGAGGAGUUCAGGAACAGACCAGAGUCUGUCUGCCACACUAUCCAGCAGUCCGUGAUGCAUCAGCAGCACCGCAGAGCCCCGCGGCACAGAACACGGCCUCAAACACGCCUAACCAGAGACGCCUGAGCGUCGGCAGAUACGGAUGGAGAGCGAACAGUAGCCGCAUCAGUCCAGGGACGUACGGAUACAGCAGGAUGCCAUAUGUAACGUCUCUACAGAAAGAAUCCAGCCGAACGUCCCACAAACAGAGACGUUCAGCAUCAAACUUCCCACACCAGAGUUACAGGACUCAUCAGAGAAACCCGUAUCAAAACACCCGCCAUCACACAGCCGCCCAGCCGCCCACUGCUGCCCAACACACCCAACCGCAGAUGAACACAGCGGCAGUGCAGAGCAGACCGUACAACCCGCUACCAAACACCUCCUGCCCUGGAGCCCCGAACCGGCACAAGAUCUGCAACAGCAUGGCCUGUCCGUCACCCAGCAGACCAAUCCGAGAGCUGCAGUGCUCCACGUUCAACACGCAGCCCUUCAUGGGCCGAUUCUACCAGUGGGAACCUUUUUAUGACGUUUCCAGCGAGCAGCGCUGUGAGCUCAACUGCCGCGCCGUCGGCUUGCGUUUCUACGUUCGUCAGGCGGACAGAGUCAUCGACGGCACUCCGUGUGGACAGAACCAGACGUCUGUGUGUGUGGCGGGACAGUGUCAGAGCGCCGGCUGUGAUGAUCUCCUGGGCUCUGGUAGGGUUCCUGAUAAAUGCGGCGUGUGCGGCGGAGACAACAGUGCGUGUAAGCUCGUCUCUGGCCUGUUCCAGCACAGUCUGUCUAAAGUGGGCUAUCACAAGAUCGUGGAGAUCCCGCCGGGAGCCACCAAGAUCAACGUCACUGAGAUGGUGAAGAGCAGGAACUACCUGGCCCUGCUCAGCCGGUCUGGUCGAUCCAUUAUUAAUGGAAACUGGGCCAUCGACCGUCCAGGAAUGUAUGAGGGAGUGGGAACGAUGUUCACGUACCGGCGGCCGAAUGAGAUCAGCAGCACCGCGGGAGAGUCCUUCCUAGCCGAGGGGCCGACCAAUGAGAUCCUGGAUGUGUUUAUGAUCUACCAGCAGCUCAAUCCAGGCGUUCAUUAUGAGUUCCUCAUGCCGUCAGAGAACGCUGUAGAUGCUCCGCGUCCUAAACAGAACCAGCUGGACCUGAAUGCUGUGAACGGUCCGGCUGGUUCUGAUGCGAACGGCCCGUCGACCCCGGAGGAUCACGAGAGGUCAGGGGUCAGCUAUCCUCCUCCCGUCCCGGAUAAUCAGCUUCCCGCAGCUCCGCAUUCAACCGGAGCCAGAGAAUACAACUGGAAACUCAGCGGCACCACAGACUGCAGCGCCUCCUGUGGACGAGGAAGCAGGUUCUCUGUGUUCGUCUGUGUUCACCGAGGAUCUCACGCUCUCGUGCCGAUCGAUCUGUGCGACAGCAGAACCAAACCCAGCCCUCAGGAGGAGCCGUGUAACGUCCAGCCCUGCCCUGCCUUCUGGGACAUCGGCGAGUGGUCCGAGUGCAGUAAGUCGUGUGGUUUGGGAGUACAGUAUCGUCAGGUCCUGUGUCUAGGUCAAAGGUCACGUGAGGUGCACUGUGUCAGUAAUGUGGGUGAUAUCGUGGCUGAUGACGAGUGCAACAUGAAGCUGCGUCCGAGUGACGUGGAGAACUGUGACGCAGGUGUGUGCACCAAGAGCUGGUUCUUCAGCGACUGGAGCGCUCAGUGUUCGGCGGACUGCGGCUCGGGGGUGCGGACACGCAGCAUUCAGUGCCUCACCAAUCACAUCAGCAGUCUGCCUCUGGAGCGGUGCGGGGCCCAACGGCCCCCCGAGGCCCAGCCCUGCAACAACGGCCCCUGUGAGAGCCGCACGGAGUGGUUCACCGGGCCCUGGAGUCAGUGUUGUGGCUCCGGUAGUCAGCAGAGGGCAGUGGUGUGUCUGAUGAGGUCUGACGAGGGUUUCGUCGUGAUGCCGUCAUACGAGUGCUCGUCUCUGGACAAACCCCUCAGCCAGCAGAGCUGCUUCAUCAAGACCUGCGGAGCCAAGUGGUUCCACACCGACUGGAGCGCGUGCUCAAAGACGUGUGAGACGGGGUACCGCGUGCGAGAGGUGCGUUGUCUAACCGAUGACAUGACCACCAGCGACCACUGCGAGGAAACACUGAAGCCUCAUGACAAGGAGGAGUGUCACCCUGAGCCCUGCCUGCCUCUGAUUGAUGAGAAGUGUCGUGAUAAAUACUUCAACUGUAACGUGGUGGUGCAGGCGCGUCUCUGCGUGUACGACUACUAUCAGAUGGCGUGUUGCGUGUCCUGCAAGCGUGUGGCGCAGAGGAGCUCCGCACACUGGAGACAGCGAUCGUGAUCGAGUGAUGAUGAGAUCAGUAUGUACUCAAUGCGUCACGCAUGAACACUAGAGCGCAGGAUCAGGAGAGAAUCACUGCGUUAGCAACCACUUCACUUCUGUUCACACUGCGGAUUUAAAGUGAAUUCAGCGUUAUUCAGAGUGAAUGUGAUCAGAACAGACUGGAUCUCUGAGAGGAGCGGCGCUGUGUGGAACUGUGAACGUGUUCAGCUCACUGCAAAACUGGAUCCGGUUCCUCAGAUCUGAAACGCAGAUCCGGUUAGAUACGCUUUCUUUGGUCUCUUAUUGGAUAAACUCUCAUCUACGGGCUUCAAGAGCAAAAACACAAAGACAGUGAUUCAUACUGACAGAAUUAACAUAUGGAGCUAAAAUAGUCUCAAAAUUGAUGUGUUUACAAAAUAUGGUUCACAAAUGCAAUAGCUAUGUCACAUUCAGAAAACAA